UUCUGCUCCAUAUAUGACUGUUGGCAUGACAGGUAUAGCAGGUGGAUCACCCUAUAUGUCUGGAGGUAUAGCAGGCGGAUCUCCCUAUAUGUCUGGAGGUAUAGCAGGCGGAUCUUCCUAUAUGUCUGGAGGUAUAGCAAGUGGAUCGCCCUAUAUGUCUGGGGGAUUGUCAGGUAUGACAGAUGGGUCUCCAUACAUGGCAGGAGGUAUGACUGCUUCUGGAGGAUAUCCAAUGUAUAACAGUUUUAACAUUAACGGUGUUGGGGGACCAUCAUCAAUGGCAUACAGAUCAUUCGGACAAUCUGGCGGAUCCUCAUAUUACCCUUACUCAACUGGAGUGGCUACAGGAAUGGGGAGUUUUCCACAAAUGUCUACUGGUAGUUUCAACAGUUUCGGAGGACCGACUAGCUUUGGACGUGGCAAUGCUGUUGGAUUUAGCCCUGUGAUGCAUCAUAAGAAGAGGGGAGCAUAUUAAAACAUCCCUUCACACGGUCUCAUGAAAAUGUUUCUAUAACAAUUGCUAUCGUUAUGUUAGAUACAGACAGUUCAAUAUAUUAUUGAACAUAUUGUCUGACUUUUCGCAUUGAAAAAACUUCAUACAUUUAUAUAUCAGAUAUUUGAACUUAUGUGUUUGUUUAGAAAAAAGUAUCACACAUAAUUGUUUCCUAUCUUGGUAGAACUGAUACAUAAGUGGUGUGUUUCUAUAUAAUUUGCUGCUUUUAAGUAAUAAAUAAAUUGGAAAAUAUUUCUAUAUGAAUAAUCACUAAUUACUAUCUUCAGCAAAAUGUAUGUGAAGUUUAUCUCCGUGAUGGUGUUGUAUCUAUACAAGUACGGUCUAUGUACAUCAAAGAAACAUAAUACAACCUUUAUAUAUUUGAGAUGUGAGAUAUGUAAAAUCAUUGAACUUCUAGAA